AACCAUACUAUAGACAAGAAAAUAAAAAUACUUUUGUAUAUUAGAGAAAUUUUGAAAUCCGUCAGUGUGUAUAUUCAAUAUUCCUAACGAAAAAAUGGCCAAAGCAUAAAUACCUUAUAGCGAUAUUUGAGUAUUUACCAUAAAACCAUUCGAAUACUGUCACGGUUCUAAAUUUCUAAUAUUGUUCUUUUGUUAUUAAAGGAAAGAGUGAAGGGUGUUUUCGUCAUUUAACAUAUCCAUCGGGUCAAUAACGGAGAUUACCUAUCCGGUGACCUUAUCCCCUCGCCGGUGAGCGAAUCUCAGAUCCAAAAUUUUGCAAAAUCCUCAGAUCGUCUUACCUUCUCCGAAUCGAUCGAUUUUUCAUGGAGGACGACGACGAGAUUCAGUCAAUUCCAUCUCCGGGAGAUUCUUCCCUUUCACCACAAGCUCCUCCUUCUCCGCCGAUUUUGCCAACAAACGACGUGACGGUGGCCGUCGUGAAGAAACCACAACCGGGGCUUUCUUCUCAAUCUCCGUCCAUGAACGCUUUAGCGUUAGUGGUUCAUACUCCUUCUGUAACCGGUGGUGGUGGUAGCGGAAACAGAAACGGACGAGGAGGAGGAGGAGGAAGCGGUGGUGGUGGAGGAGGAAGAGAUGAUUGUUGGAGCGAAGAAGCUACAAAGGUUCUAAUCGAAGCUUGGGGAGAUCGAUUCUCUGAACCAGGUAAAGGAACUUUGAAGCAACAACAUUGGAAAGAAGUAGCUGAGAUUGUGAACAAGAGUCGUCAAUGCAAAUACCCUAAAACUGAUAUUCAGUGUAAGAACAGAAUUGAUACGGUGAAGAAGAAGUAUAAGCAAGAGAAAGCUAAGAUUGCUUCUGGUGAUGGACCUAGUAAAUGGGUUUUCUUCAAGAAGCUUGAGAGUUUGAUUGGUGGUACUACAACAUUCAUUGCUUCUUCAAAAGCUUCAGAGAAGGCUCCUAUGGGAGGAGCUCUUGGGAAUAGCCGUUCGAGUAUGUUUAAACGGCAAACUAAAGGUAAUCAGAUUGUGCAGCAACAACAAGAGAAGAGAGGCUCUGAUUCGAUGCGGUGGCAUUUUAGGAAACGUAGUGCUUCUGAGACUGAGUCUGAGUCUGAUCCUGAACCUGAGGCUUCUCCUGAGGAAUCUGCUGAGAGUCUCCCACCUUUGCAACCGAUUCAACCGCUUUCGUUUCAUAUGCCAAAGCGGUUGAAGGUGGAUAAGAGUGGAGGUGGAGGGAGUGGAGUUGGAGAUGUGGCGAGGGCGAUACUUGGAUUUACGGAAGCUUAUGAGAAGGCGGAAACUGCUAAGCUUAAGUUAAUGGCGGAACUGGAAAAGGAGAGGAUGAAAUUUGCUAAAGAGAUGGAGUUGCAGAGAAUGCAGUUCUUGAAAACUCAAUUGGAGAUAACACAGAACAAUCAAGAAGAGGAAGAGAGGAGCAGGCAGCGAGGAGAAAGGAGGAUCGUUGAUGAUGAUGAUGAUCGCAAUGGCAAGAAUAACGGCAAUGUAAGUAGCUGACAAUUGAACACACAAAUGUUCCUAUGAUAUUUGCUAUGAUAAGCUGGAUUUUAGGUUUUGAUGUUGUUGUUGUUGUUAUUGUUACUGCCUUGUGGGAUGUGUAAAUGUAGAGAAGUUAUGACUCUGAUUAUCAUCAUGUUGUUGUUAUUGUUAUCCAUCUUCUUGUCUUAAACAUGGGCAAAUUAAAAAGCUUUGAACUUGAAUAGCUUGUUGAAAACCUCUGUGAUUCUUAAGUAGAGUUCUGAACUAGU